GCAAAGUCUAAAGUCAUGAUUAGUAGCAUUGCAGCCAAGUGUGACCUUGUAGUUGGAAAGUGGCCUUGUGGAGACUGCAGGAAAGGGGUUGGUAGUAACUCAAUUUUUUGUCAGACUUGCAAGCAUUGGGUACAUAAGAAGUGCAGUAGUAUUGGUGGAAGGUUAAGAGCUGACAUUCAGUUUGUAUGCAAGCGUUGCAAAGGUGAGAUUAUUGAGAAUGAAGUAUUUCCAGCUUCAAUGAUGUACAACAGUGGCUCCUUAGAGAUAGUUGAGAACUUCUGUUACUUAGUUGAUAUGUUGGGCAGUGAAGGGGGUGUUGGAAGAAGUGUUACUUGCAGGAUAGGUUCUGCUUGGAAAAAGUUCAGAGAGUUACUUCCUUUGUUGACUAGCAGAGUCCUAUCAAUUGAGGUAAAAGGUAGGUUGUAUGAGGCCUGUAUAAGAAGUGUUAUGUUGUACGGUAGUGAGACAUGGGCAGUGAAGCAGGAAGAUCUUGACCGUUUAGAAAGAAAUGAUAUGAGAAUGGUUAGCCUGCUUUUUAGCUCAUCUGAACUCUUUCUGUCUCUCAGACUGGCGUUACAUAUCCACCUAACCAUUCUCAUAUCAUUCCUUACUAAACGGUCAAGAUCUUCCUGCUUCACUGCCCAUGUCUCACUACCGUACAACAUAACACUUCUUAAACAGGGCUCAUACAACCUACCUUUUAAAUCAAUUGACAAGACUCUGCUAGUCAACAAAGAAAGUAGCUCUCUGAACUUUUUCCAAGCAGAACCUAUCCUGCAAGUAACACUUCUUCCAACACCCCCUUUACUGCCCAACAUGUCACCUAAGUAACAGAAGUUCUUAACUAUCUCUAACGAGCCACUGUUGUACAUCAUUGAAGCUGGAAAUACUUCAUUCUCUAUAAUCUCACCUUUGCAACACUUGCAUACAAACUGAAUGUCAGCUCUUAACCUUCCACCAAUACUACUGCAUUUCUUAUGUACCCAAUGCUUGCAAGUCUGACAAAAAAUUGAGUUACUAUCAACCCCUUUCCUGCAAACUCCAUAAGACCACUUUCCAACUACAAGGUCACACUUGGCUGCAAUGCUACUAAUCAUGACUUUAGACUUUGCUGUGUUCACCCUUAGCUCUUUCUCUUCUAGUCCUUUCUUCCACUUCUCAAACUUUCCAACUAAUUCUUCCAUUGACUCUGCUAUGAGAACCAAAUCAUCUGCAUACAAUAACUCACAUGAACAACCUGUUUUGAACUCCAUCGACAUUUGACAGAAUAAUUGGAAACCAUAGCAGGUCCAAAUUUAAUGGAUUUUUUCUCUAUGCCUGUAAAAACGAAACCCACGGGUGGUAUAAAUUAUUUUCUGUAAAAAUUUUGUUAAAGUGUAGCUGAACUUUCUGAAUGAAUUUUGAAGUUUUAUUUAAGCCACAUGGAUAAAGAUUUUUUUAAUUUUAAAACAAAGCAUAUUUUUGCCUAUUCGCUUGUGAUGACUUGAAAAAUAAACAAUAAAUAUAAAAAUGACAGCAUAGUCAUGCAUACUAUUUCGGACAUGUAGAAAAGGAAGUUAAGGUUGAGAGAGUCGCUAUAGCAGUAGACCCUUGAUCUUCAUGUUUGGGGUUCACGAUUUAAAACGUCCCCCACCUUUCUACAGCAAAAUGAAUGCGCAACAAAAAUAACUUUAAAGCCCGUAUCGCAGGCGUAACAUUCUUUGCACGUGCGUUUUACAUCGCACACGUUACUUGAUUUACAUGUGCGAAUCAUGGCACACCUACUCAAAUAUUCCUCAAGAAGACUGCUGCUUGCAAUGGUUGCUAUUUUGACGUGGAAUACAAGUGUAAUAUAAGUUCCAGCAAUGUUAACAGUCUAUAACAGUCAUACAUUGUAUUUCAACUUUAUGUAAGUUGAGUCAUUAAGCUUUUUGUGGAACAACCAAUAUUUAUAUUUAAAUUAAAUUACAUUGAUUAUAUAAGUUAAAUAGGGGGUAAUAACGACAACACUAAACGAUGGAUCAUAAAAAUCAUUACUUAAAAUAACAUUUCGUUAUUGUCAAGGAUUCUUUUAUCUUUUAUUUAUUUCAUUUUCAGUCCAGUCUCCAAAAGAUGAUCAGUGCUUUAAAUAAUGCUUAUAAACCUGUUGAUUGUUUUUAAUACGACGAUUUGAUAUUAAGUAGUGUAGUAAGUAUUAAAAAAAAAUGAAAGUAGGACAUAUUUUUACCUAACAAAGAACAGCUUCAGAAUACAAAUCUAUUUAAUUGUUUAUAUUAUUGGUUGUUUUGUUGGAAGCAUUGUGCAGAAAGUUAAUAGAAUUUACUUGAUGAAUUUUGAUUUUGAUUUAAUAUCAAUUUUAUUGGCUUUUUUUGACAAAAUUCACUAUUUCUGCCAAACCAUCAGGAAUAAAAUAUAAAUAAGUUGCAGUUUGGGUAUAGUUUGAUCAUUUUCUAAGCAAUAACCACAGUUUUCAUCUUUGUUUGCUUUUUUAAUAAGGAAUUGUACUAUGAUUUUACAUUGAUUUAGUCACAAUGUUUAAAAUCAUUUGGAAAACAACAAAACUAAUUGUAAAAUUGUAAAAUACCAAUUAGGUACACAAAAAUAUUUGUCACUUUCACUCUUUUACAAAUUAGUUUCGAAUCCAAAAUAUAAUUUUGACAUCAAAUAACUAUUCUUUGACUUGUUAUC